GGCUAUGUGAAUGGAACAUCCGUCCCUCACGGUACAGCUUGUAUGGUUGACCCACAGUCAGGAACCUCUGAGAUGUACAAGUGCUUGAACGGGCUCUGGACGUCCUACCAUAUCCGUAAUCGGAGGGAGGCAAACACCACAGCUCUUGUAAGGAGAGCCCGGGCCUCGUACUAUGUCUAUCAAACCUCGUGUAGAACUGUAUGUGACUGUGGCUGGUGGCACCGCCGCUGUCAUACACACUGCUGGACCAACCGAUUUAUUAAUAACUACCCUACAAUAUAUUGUCCUUCAAUUCCUGAUGUAACUGUAACUAACGCUGUAUACGCUAGAGUUUAUUGGUCUGAUGCCACAGCUUACGAUAUAGAGGAUGGUUAUAUAAGACCCCGACUGACCAGUUGGCCACGAUCUGGGUCACUAUUUUACCUAGGCACCUACAUUGUCACGUAUGAAGCCAAAGAUCGAUACGGCGCCACGGCCUAUUGCACUUCCCGUUUCACUGUUUCAUAUCGCCGAUGCUACUACUACGACUCUUACGGAGUGGGUGUCUACUCCAUCCCCAAUGGAUAUGUCAGCUGUGCGAGCUACCCGUAUCUUCGCUUUAUUUUCUUCUACAUCUACGGAGAAUCCUGCACGUAUAGCUGCUAUCCUGGCUAUAUACUACAAGGUUCAAGCUCAAUUUCAUGUACCCUGAAUGGGCGUUGGAGCGCUCUGAGGCCCAGCUGCGUGCCACGGCCUGUAUGUCCAGCACUGAAAGCUGUUCCAAAUGGACAGUGGUCAGCAUACAGCAUGACAUCUGGCUCUGUGGCAUACCUUUACUGUCGAGACGGCUACACAGUUGACGGCCCAAGCUACGUCACUUGUCUUUCAAAUGGGGUAUGGUCAGUGGCUGGUUCGUGUAGGGAUAUUCAGCCUCCUGUGUUAAAGUGCCCAUCAACCAUUACUGCCGUCUCCAAGCCUAAGAAGCAGCCUGUUUCUGUGUCAUGGGGGAGCUGGACUGUCUCCGACAACUCCAACGAGUUUGUUACAGUCUCCAGCAGCGCUGUCUCAGGGCAGCUGUUUCCGGUUGGGCAGACGGUAGUGUCAGUGCAAGCCACGGAUAGAAGCGGCAACAUUGCCAGCUGUGCCUUUGUUGUUUACGUGACUCUCAACACCUGUCCAGCCGUCAGUGUACCCGACCAGGCCAAGGUCAGUUGUAGCCAUGACAACGCUGUCGGGUCAGAUUGUGUGUUCUCCUGCGCCGAAGGUUUUCAGUUGACUGGAGCGACGGCUCUAAGCUGUCUUGAGACAGGGAAAUGGGAGAACAAGACAACAAGCUGCCAAAGAGCUUUGUGUAGCAAGCCCCCAGCUGUAUUGAAUGGUGAGGUCAACUGCCCAAACAACACGUACACAUUUGGGGUCAUUUGUCCAGUCACUUGCUACAGAGGAUACCAGAUUCAGGGUAGUACAUCUGUCGUAUGUCUGUCAAAUACAACAUGGACUUCACCUGGCUCAUGUCGAGAUAUUGAACCUCCGACCAUCAUAAGUUGUACCAACGUAUCCGUAUUUGCUGAACAGUUAGGGUACUCAACAUAUGUGUCUUUUACUGGGCUGGUUAAAGCAACUGAUACCACAAAUACAACAAUUGAUAUUAGUUACCUCCCUGCUUCAAAUACAGCCUUCAGUAUAGGAACAACACAGGUCAAGGCUACAGUAUCUGACCUUGCAGGGAAUAGAGCAUACUGUAAUUUUACAGUAACUGUUACAGCCCUACUGUGCCAGAAUCCAGCUUACAGUGGUCUGGAAGAAAAUGGGACAUCUUUAAUGGUCUUCAACUGCCCACAAGGUUAUGUGUAUGGUGCCACAUGCAACAUAACAUGCAGCAACGGCAAUGCUGUAACUGGAAGCCCAAGCAUUUUCUGCAGGAAAAAUGAAACUUUACCUGGGACAGGAUACUGGGACUAUGGAAAUGCUAAACCUGUUUGUGAUUCAAAAUUCUGCAGCAAGCAAGAAGCUCCAACCUUUGGAGCUGUGGCUUGUGAUGUCAUCAACCAACAAGAAGUGUGUGCAGUACAGUGUAAACAGAACUACACACUUACUGCUGGCUCUCCUCAAAAUGGUGUUUACGUUUGCUGGAGAAAAACUGGGGAGUGGCUUCCAAGUAUUAUUUUAAAAAGUACAUGCAUUGCUUCAUCAACUCCUUACAUAGAGACAACACCAAACAUCCAGUAUUACUCAACUAGCUGUGCGACAUCAACAGAAGAAAUCAAGACCAAAUUUUUCACCUUGAUUCAAGGGUCGGAUGUGUUUAAAGAUGUGUGUACAACAGUAACCUGUAACAUAACUGAUGUCACAGUGACCUGUGGCUCAAGGAGUAGGCGGUCUGUGGAUGAUCAAAUGAUAUACACAUCAUCCAGUAAUACUUCAGCCUUAGACAGGGAUAUAAGGGAUACCAGCACCGCAACCCACAUGACAAAGGUUAUGUUCAGAGUAAAGAUAGCAUAUAAAGACCAAGGCAGUGCAGCAAAGACCUUAUUGUUCUUUGAUAACCUGAUUUAUGACUUGAACGUCAACCUUGACACAAUGACAGCUUCUGGGACCUUCAACAUCCCUGAAGCUGGAGAAACCAACCCUUACUCGUAUGGCUUUGGGGAUAUGAACUUUGUCUGCCCAGAAAACACAGUUUUUAUUUAUCAGACUGCACUCUGUGCUGGUUGCGGCAAAGGCAAUAUAUACAACAGAACUACCAAAACCUGCGCUGCUUGUCCAGCUGGUACCUACCAGCCUAAUGAUGCGGCCUCAGAAUGCUUAAACUGUACGGCAGGCGCAACUACAACUAAAAGUAACUCAACAUCAGCUAAUGACUGCUUAGACGUGUGCGAUGCAGGAUCUUAUUCAUCCACUGGGCUCAAACCAUGUGAAGUGUGUACAAGAGGUACAUAUCAACCUCUUGUGGGCAGGAAAGGGUGCGACACUUGCCCUUUUGGCAUGUCAACCCUUGGCUCUGGAUCAACUUCUAAAGCUGAUUGCAAGUUUUAUAGUGUUGUUCUGGGCAACACAAGCUUAGAAGUGGACAUGGACAAAACCAAUGGGCCAAUAAAGAACUUUACCAUGGUGUUUUGGGCUUACAUACCCCAAGACCUUGUUGGCAACACCACUUCAACCUUUACAUUAGCGUCAAAUGUGGGAGGUGCUAUGAUAGGAUGUAAAGAUUUUCUGAUUUCAAUCGCAUCAGAAGAACUUCCAAUAAAACGAAUAAAAAAGUCCUGGUACCAUCUAGCUGUCACCCACUCUGGCAACAAAACAUCUCUGUUUGUUGAUGGUCAGUUGAUUGAGCAGAAGACUACAGCUGGUCUGGUCAAUUGCACAGACUUCAAGCUUCUCUUCACUCGUUCUGCCAGAAUUCCUGAACUGACUGUUAGCGGAAUGCAAUUAUCCAGAACAGAGUUGUCUCAAAGCAGUGUAACUUUAUUUGCACACUCUUGUGGAUUAAUUUUGGAUGGGAAUAUUUUCCUGGCUCCAGAAAAUACAGCACCACUGUUGACUCCUUCUUUUUGUGAUGACAACAAUGUCUGCCUCACUAAGCCCUGUGGUGAUCAUGGCGUGUGCUCAGAUUUAGCAAAUGGGUUUAAGUGUGAGUGUGAUGAGUUAUGGACUGGAAACACUUGCCAGAUUCCACCAGAUUUCUGUGUAGGAAAUCUAUGUCGCAAUAAAACAGAGUGUGUGAGUCAAGUAUUAAGUAAAAACUACACAUGCAGCUGUCAGGAAGGUUAUAAGGGACUUUUCUGUACAGACAAAAUAGUAAAUGGUGGAUGGGCCAGUUGGACACAGUGGAGUGUAUGUCCAGUUACCUGUGGUGGAGGGGUUACAUCAAGGUACCGCACCUGCAACAACCCAUCACCUGAUCCCAGUGGUCUGCCAUGCAGUGGUAAUGCUAGUGAAACAAAAGCUUGCUAUGAGGAUCACUGUCCAGUUAACGGUGGACUCAGUGCUUGGAGCGGCUGGUCAUGUGAUGUGGAGUGUGGCCAGGGAACAGCCUCUAGAACCCGCAGCUGCAACAAUCCUGCUCCGUUGUACGGCGGUCUCAAUUGUUCUGGCCAGCUUAAUGAGACAAAAAGUUGUGACAACAUAACAGCUUGUCCAAUAAAUGGAGGAUUUGGGCCAUGGUCAGACUGGUCAACUUGCACUAAGACAUGUGGCACAGGUGUCACUACAAGGUACAGGAACUGUGACAGUCCAGAGCCACAAUAUGGUGGCAACAAUUGCAGUGAAACAGGUUUUACUGAGAGCGCUCAGUGCAAUAACAAUACAUGCCCUGUGUGCUCAAAGCUGUACAGGCAGACACACAUGCAGGAUAUUGCAUGUAAAACAAAUACAACAACAGACAUGACAGAAUGCAAGAUUGUAUGCAUAGCUGGUUAUAUCACAGACUUAUCCAUUGUGUACAAGUGUGGACGGCUUUCUAACUAUACCUGGUCACACAUCACACCUGAAAACCCUAGAGGUCUGCUGCCAGAUUGCACAGCUGCGGUUUCUGUGACUGAGCGGAGCAUAAGUCAAAAUGCAGAAAUUACAGCACCUACAAGCUCUGGGACAAUUGAGACCCAAGUAGCAGAGAAUAUCAACAAAACCAUCAAUUCAAGUUGUACAACUUGUGAAUUAUCUGUAACUUCUAACACAUCUAACACUUCCAUAUCUAGGAAAAAGAAGAGUACAACAGGUAAAUUUAUAAUCAGCUACACUAUGUAUGUUCGAUCACCUUUAAUAGAAUCCACAACAGCAACAGAUGACGAGACCGAACUAGUCAGGCAGAAACUUCUUGAAUUUGAGCAAGUUGCUCAGCUGAUCUACAAUAACUCUGCCAACAUCUUCACUGUUAUGGUAGAUGGCAUUGAAUAUAGAGGAAAAGUAAACAGUACAGUUGCUGUGUCAGAAAAAUGCCCAGAGGGCACUACUUUGCUUCUUGCAGUGUGUGCAUACUGUGUCCCUGGGAGUUACUGGAAAAAUGACCAAUGCCUGUUGUGUCCUAUUGGGACAUACCAGGAGCAGUUUGGGAUGACCUACUGUGAAUCUUGCCCAGCAGGGACAUCAACAGCUGGUCUGGGGUCUCAGUCUAUCACUCACUGCGUUGAUGAUCCAUCCAUCUACUAUGAUUGUUCCUUAGGAUACUGGGCUGAUGAUGAGAAUGGGCCUUGCAAAGAGAAACAGGGCUUGCCAAAUGAGAACUUAGGGUUAAUUGUUGGCUCAACAUUAGGUGGAACAGCAAUAAUAGUACUUUUAAUCCUUGCAUUUAUGUUCCGUAAAGCAAUUUUAAGCAAAUUUCAAACCCAGGUCAUUCCAGACAAACCUCCUCCAUACUCAUUUCUAGAGCAACCUCCUCCCUACUUUGUCAAAAGACCAUCAGAGGAAAUACAUCUAGAUAAGUCUCCAAGACCUUUAACAUCACAAGAUGUUGUUUUAACUGACAUCUAAAACAUGUGGAAUGUAAUCAUUAAUGAAUGCUUUGAACAAAUGCUAAUUUAAAUUAGAAUGAAACUGUUACAUUAGGUUCAAACAAUAAUAGAUUUAGAAAAAAAAUUUUAUAAGAGUUUUAGGAUUGGGUUUAUCAGCUUGAAAGCAAUAUCUAGUAAUGAAAACAAAAAGAUCUUACUGUAUGCCGUUUUUUAUUUGAGUAAUUUUCACUAGGAAACAAAAUUGAUAUUGUUACUGAUCAAACAAAAAUGCUGAACGUAAAAUUAUUAUGAAUUGUUACAAAAUAACACUUGAGAUUUUUAAAAAUCCUUGUACACCACUUUUUAACAAACAUUGUAUUUACUUUUAUUUUAAUAGGCAUAUAUCAUCAUAAACUAUGUUUAAAUCUUAAACUAAAGCUGUUUAUACAGUAAUGCCUUUUUAAAAAAAAUUCCUAUUGUAGAAAAUGCUUACUUUGAAAACUCAAUAUUAUCUAAUUAUUUACCCAUACAAUUCGUAAAUAUAUUUAACUUCAAAUAAACUUGAAUGUUGAUGUUGUUAUUUAGCUUGACAUGAAUCAUUAGUUCACUUUUUAUGAAUUUUUACCCUAUAUAAUGAAAUUGUUAUAAUUGUAUUUUUAAACUUAGUUCAAAAUUUACUUUCCAAUAGUUGUAACCAAAUUAGUUACUUAAAAACGUUUCGGGAACUGGCCCAAGGUGUUUUGCCAACAAAGUAAAGUCAGUCGAAUAUGUUACCCAUAGGUUAGUUAGGCCUAUAUAGCUCACCUCGUCUCGCUAACGGCACAUCGGCAGGUACAUGAGAAAUGUACUCACUAGUCUGUAAUUUUUUAAUCACCGACUUAAAUUACUCUAUUACUUUCUCCAUUUUCUUCCUGGAAGAAACUCUGGUAAUCCAUCUAAGAGAGAAAACUCGAAAAUCAAACAAAUGCUACCUUGUAGUUUGUUCUUGUGAGCAAAUCCAAAAAAUUAUAUAUAUACGAUCUGACCCGCGACGUAGUAUACGCCAUGUAGUUGUUUUAUUUUCUGCUUAUCAGCAAUUCACAAUUUGUGAAUUCAACACUACCC